UUGUGUUCUGGCUCUGGCAGUUCAUUGUUGAUUGUUGUGGCUUGUGUGGCUAUCGUGGUUUCUCCGAAUAUAAACAAUAACUUUCCUGUUUAACGAAGGACUGUCCGGUAGUUAAAAACUCUAUAAUAUCCCAUUGCUAAUAAAUUGGAACCCAAAAUUUGCCAGAUUGUAAGUGUAAUGGCUGUAAUUCCAAAAAAUACUAUGAGAGAAGUUGAUGUUGAGUGCUUAUCACAACAAAUUGAUGAAUAUGAGUUACUGAAAUCUAUGUACCCAAAUCAAGGAGAAAUUAUUUUAAGUGAUAAAGAUACUAUUAACGAAAUAAGGAACUUUGUAGACAAUAAAACAGAUUAUGUUCCUCCACACCUAGAUUUCAAAUUAAAUCUACUUGUAGAUGGACUCAAGUUAGAAAUUUUCAUAAAUUUACCUAGCUGUUACCCAAAAGAAGAACCAGACAUAUAUGUUAGAUGUAAUAAAAUGAAUCGACAAAAUGAAUCAGCUUUAAAUUCAAAGCUUUCACAGUACAUAAAAGAAAAUCAUAUGGGAGAAGUUUGCCUCUAUACAGCCAUUUCAUGGUUGCAAGAAAAUGUUGAUAAAUUUGCAGUAAUUUCAGAAGAAAGCAAUAUGUUAGAAGCAAAAUCUAGUCAAGAAACUAAGGAUGAAUUUGCAAGGCUUUGGAUUUAUUCUCAUCACAUUUAUAAUAAAAAGAAAAGAGAAGAAAUUGUAAAGAAAGCAAGAGAACUGAAGUUAACAGGAUUUCUUUUGGCGGGAAAACCUGGGAUUGUUUGUAUUGAAGGACAUCACAGUGAUUGUAAAGAGUGGUGGAAAGAUAUAAAAUCAAUGACUUGGAAGAAAAUAAUGAUUCGAAGGACAGAGAUAUUUGAGCCUAGUGAGGAAAAAACUUUUAAAAAGUUCUCAAGCUUUGAAGAACUUUGUCUUGUGAAUCCAGUGCAUAAUAAGCAUUCCAACAUGAGUGAACUGUCGAAGUUAAUGACUGUACUUGGCUUAAAUCAAAUAUUUAAUGAUUUAUUUGGACUAAAUGAUGACUAAAAUUUUAUUUCUAAUUUAACAGAUAUACCUAGAAAUAUCUCUAUGGUAUAAAUUAUAUUUACUGAGAUUGGUGCUUUAUUUUUAUGUAGGUAUAAAUUGAUAUUAUUUUUAUAUAAUUAUAGGGUAACCUACCUAUUUAAUUCUGUUAUACCUAUAAGAUAUUGAUUCUUUUUAUUUUAUGUUGCAUGUUCUGAGCUUUUCAAAAACUACCUCUAUUCUUAUUCUCUCUUGUUUUGUUGUAUAUUUAAAUAUAAUUUUGUGAAACAAAUUAAAAAUAUUUCUUUUUAUAUUUUUCAUAUUU